GGCGCAGAGACAGCGCGGAACGGCCGGGCACGGCGGCCACGGCAGCCGGGGCCUGGGCAGCGGUGCGGCCGCGCGGGCCGAGCUGGACUGGCCAUUAUGGAGGAAGAACUGCAACAUUCACACUGUGUGAAUUGUGUCAGUAGACGGUGUAUGACCAGACCGGAGCCUGGGAUUUCCUGUGACUUGAUUGGUUGUCCAUUGGUUUGUGGAGCAGUUUUCCAUUCUUGCAAAGCUGAUGAGCAUCGACUUUUAUGUCCAUUUGAACGAGUACCUUGCUUAAAUAGUGACUUUGGGUGUCCAUUUACCAUGGCCCGAAAUAAAGUUGCUGAGCAUCUAGAGGUGUGUCCUGCAAGUGUGGUGUGCUGUACAAUGGAAUGGAAUCGAUGGCCAGUUAGUUAUGCAGACCGGAAAUCAUAUGAAAAUCUAAGCAGAGAUGUUGAUGAAGUGGCACAAUUAGAUAUGGCGUUGGCCCUUCAAGACCAAAGGAUGCUGUUGGAAUCACUCAAAGUAGCCACCAUGAUGUCAAAAGUGACUGAUAAAGUAUCUGAACCUAGAGAACAAAUCUCAGUUAAGUCAAGUGUCCCAGAAAUACCACAUCCUAAUGGUCUGGUGUCUGUUGAUGAAGAAUCUUACGGUGCACUUUAUCAAGCUACUGUAGAAACAACCAGAAGUUUGGCUGCUGCUUUAGAUAUCCUGAAUACUGCUACAAGAGACAUUGGCAUGUUAAGUUCAAGUCUUUGUACUUCCCCAAAUGAAAUGGAUGAAGAGCAAGAUACCAGGGAAACUUUACAGGAUGACAACUUAAAAGCCCAGGACCAUCUUUAUGAGGAUGAGAUAGGAGCAGUAGGUGGAACUGACCGUAAUGACACAAGUCAGAACUCCCAGACUGAACAAAAUGGUUCAAGUGAUUUAAUACGUGACUUGAAUACAAAUUCUUAUGACACUUUUGCUCUUUGUAAUGGCUUUCCUUUGGAAAAUAUACAUGGACAGAUCAAAGACCAGAAUCAGAAUUUUCAUGGUGAUUCAAAACAAAGUGACUUGACAAAUGGAGAAUGUGUGCCAUCAGAUGGUACUUUAGAACCUUCCAGUUCACUCUCAGUAGCAGCACAACUUAGGGAAGUAAUACCACCAGGUGCUUUGCCAAAUGGAACAGUUCAGCAUAUCCUCAUGCCAGAUGAUGAAGAUGAAAGAGAAUUGUGUUGGAGAAAAGUAGACUUAGGAGAAUUGAGAAAUAUGGAUGUUUUAUCUUUCAGUCAUGCUCCUUCACUCAAAUUUCUUUCUAAUUCAUGUUGGUCCAAGCCAAAGGAAGAUAAAGCAGUAGACACAUCAGAUUUGGAAGUUGCAGAAGAUCCUAUGGGGCUACAAGGAAUAGAUUUGAUCACAGCAGCGUUAUUGUUUUGUCUUGGAGAUUCUCCAGGUGGGAGGGGUAUAUCUGAUAGUCGCAUGGUCGAUGUUUAUCGCAUUGACUUUGGGACACAGACUUUUUCGCUUCCAUCUGCAAUAUUAGCUACAAAUACAAUGGUUGGGGAAAUAGCUUCAGCUUCAGCUUGUGAUCAUGCCAAUCCACAACUUUCAAAUCCAAGUCCUUUUCAGACACUCGGGCUGGAUUUAGUAUUAGAAUGUGUCGCCAGGUACCAGCCUAAGCAGCGUUCAAUGUUUACCUUUGUGUGUGGACAGUUAUUUAGAAGAAAAGAAUUCUCUUCACAUUUUAAGAAUGUACAUGGUGACAUUCAUGCUGGACUCAAUGGCUGGAUGGAACAGAGAUGUCCUUUAGCUUAUUAUGGAUGUACCUAUUCUCAGCGUAGAUUUUGUCCAUCAACACAAGGUGGAAAGAUUAUCCAUGACCGCCAUUUGAGGUCAUUUGGAGUUCAGCCAUGUGUAUCAACAGUAUUAGUGGAGCCUGCUAGAAACUGUGUAUUGGGAUUACAUAGUGACCAUCUAAGUAGUCUUCCCUUUGAAGUCUUACAGCACAUUGCAGGCUUCCUUGAUGGCUUCAGUUUAUGCCAGCUCUCAUGUGUAUCCAGGUUAAUGAGAGAUGUGUGUGGCAGUCUGCUUCAGUCUCGAGGAAUGGUCAUACUGCAGUGGGGGAAGAAGAAGUAUCCAGGAGGAAAUUCAUCAUGGCAGAUAAAAGAAAAGGUAUGGCGAUUCAGUACUGCAUUUUGUUCCGUUAAUGAAUGGAAAUUUGCUGACAUCUUAAGCAUGGCUGACCACUUGAAGAAAUGUAGUUACAAUAUUAUAGAGAAACGAGAGGAAGCAAUCCCAUUGCCAUGUAUGUGUGUAACAAGAGAACUCACUAAAGAAGGACGUUCACUACGCUCAGUUUUAAAACCUGUACUUUAAAAACUGUAACUUCACUUGCACAUACAUGCAAGCACCUAGUGUAAUUUCUUUGUCAUAUGUGACAUUUUAUUAAUGUAUUAAAGAUUACAACUAGCUAAAUUUAUUGUCACUAUGUAUAUAAUGUUUUGAAGUGACAUAUAUUUUUAUAAAGUACUGUUGGGGGAAAAAAGCUGCCUUAAUGUUUGAAAUGUGUGAAAAUUUUGGAACUUGCUGGACAGGGUGAUUUAAUUUUUAGCUUCAUAAUUUUCAUAAUUAGUAUAUUUAAUGGUGAGCAUAUUUGGGUUCUUAAUUUUUUUGCUUCUUAAACUAACAAGAUCCUGACCAAAUGAUUUAUUCCUCAUGUUUUCUAUGGGUUGCAGUCCAUGCACUCAAAAAGCAAAACUUGGAUUUAAAUUUUGCAGCUUGAAUUUUUCAGAUAAAAACAUUUAAUUGUUUAAGCACUACCAUGAGAUUAUUAUAAAGUUUUUAUUUUCUAGUGCUCCCUUUAUCCAAUUCUUGAUACAUAUGUGAUCUCUAAUAUACCCUUACAUGAAACUUGAAAUCGUGACUAAUGUUUGAUAAUGAGAUUUACCAUGUUUUAAAAAUAAUUCACAAUGAUGUUUUUGUCUUAAGUACUUUCAACUCUUAGACAGAGAGUCACCAUUUGCAGCUUUCUUUUUUGUUAGAUGCCACAUCCCAAAGACCUAUGGCGAUGUGUUACAUGACAAGCUGUGGAAAAAAACAAGCAAACAAAAAUAAAGCCUACAAAUUUAAUUUGAAAUUGAUUAUGGCAUUGCAAUUUGUUAGGUAUUUAAUGUUUGAAAAGAAAAUAUACCUCAUUUUAGUUUUAAAUUUGGAAUACUGUGUGAAUAAAUUUAAAAUAUUCAGAAUGCACAGGGCUUAACUAUUUUUUGUAAGCAUUUUAAACUUUAACCUUUGAUUUUUAUAAAAUUCCAGCUAUGUUGCUUUAAAACAUUUGAGCAUGUGAAAUUUGUUAUCUUCUUUGCAAGAUGACAAUCACGCAAAAACCUGUCUUGGUUGACAAUCUCUUUGAAACAUUUCCAAAUUUAUUUUUCGUAGACUUCCGUGGGACUUCUACCAAGAAAGUAAGAAUUUCAUCUUUGUAUAAAGAUCAAGUGUAACAAAAAUAUCCAAAGAGCUAUUGUUGAAGUAUUUUAUUACAGUUUUCAAAUUGACUUAUACUAUUAUUAACCUGAUAUGGUCACUUUAAAAACUGAGUAUGCAGGCUGUAUCAGUAUUUAGAAGGAGAUUUCAAAGAUGAAAACAUGAGUAAAGAAUCUGUUUUAACUAAAUUCUGGCAUUUGGUAGUCUGAAAUAGUGACAAAUUAUCUUGUUACAUAAGUCAGAAAUUAGCUGUGUCUUCUUUUCUUCCAUUUGUCCCUCAUAGUGCCCUAUGAUUACUGGUUCUUGAUUCCCAUAUAUGGCAGUCAGGCUGAGCAGAGGCGUUCCUUGGGCAUUAGAGAAGAAUUCUGAGCUGCUUAAGAUUUGUUUUGAUUAGAUCAAACCCUUAUUACAGUCGAAAAAUAUAUUGUUAAAGACUAAUUGUUCCAUCUCACAUAGCAUUUUUAUUACUAGAAUACGUAUUUCUCAGUGCUUAAACUUUUUUCAUAUGUGAGAUUGAAAUGCAUAAACAGCCUCUUUCUGUGAGAAAACUAGAAAUAAGAUAUCAAAUACUGUAAAAUACAAUUCUGCCUUUCACAGUUUUGCUGAAGAAUGUGUCUAUGGUUAGGAUAGCACAAGCAUUAACUUUUUGUUUUGUGGUUGUGCUGCUUACAAUCCAUGGUUUUUAAAGUUUAAAUUUCUUGUUUCCACACUGGGUCAUGAAAUAUUUAACAUUUUUUCCACCUUAUAUUUCUUUUACACAUAUUUUGCUGUUCUCUCUUGUUUGUUAUGCCACCAUACUAUUUUAUUAAAAUGUUUUCUUUGUGCAAGAUUUGUUCAAGUUCUAAUAAAAUGUUUUCCCUUUAUAUGGCUUAGUAACUUAAA